AAAGUGACCAAAUAUAUUCUCUAGCUAACGCCUUUUCCCUAUCCUCCAUUCUCUUAUUUUGUUCAGUUCCAAGGCAAAUGAGGAGCAAUAUUACCAAACUUGCAUCUUUAAUUCUUACUCUUUCAAUAGUAAUAUUGGAGGUGCAUGGACGCAGAUCUCUGCGGUACAAGUCUUCUGAUGAAUUAGUUUCAGAUGGUGUUCAUCAAGCCGAUGAAUCUUCUUCACUUUUGCUUCUCAAAGGAAUGGAUUCUGGUGAGGAGUGCGAGCAAUUGUAUGGCUUCUUGCCAUGCUCAAAUAGUAUGUUUGGCCAUAUCUUCCUUAUUGUAGUUUAUGAAUACUUGUUGUUCAAAGGAGAAUCAUUGGUGGCCGCUGGGGGCGAGCAGAUAUUCAAAAUUCUGGGUCCUGGUAUCUUUGGUGCGAGUGCCUUCCACGUCCUUGGUGCCCUUCCUGAGUCCUUAAUUCUUCUUGCUUCGGGACUUUUGAACACGAAAGAAACUGCACAAGAGUACGUCUUCACCGGAGUUGGAUUGUUGGCCGGGUCAUCAAUUUUCCUCUUGACAAUUCUUUGGGGAACUUGUGUUAUCGCCAGCAGCCAAGACUUUUCAAAUAGCUCUCAGUUUUCUAAUUCCACACAAACAUCACGUCAAAGACUUCAUACAUUAUUGACUGGUUGUGGUAUCAGUACAGAUUUGGAGACAUGUUACACUGCCAGGAUUAUGGCCCUCUCAAUCAUACCAUUUAUCAUCGUCCAGUCUCUAAAGAUAUUUUCUUCAUCUUCUGCGGAACGCAUCGUUAUCUUGAUUGCUAUUGUUGUUUCUACAGUAUUCCUAUUCCUAUACUUCUCUUAUCAGAUCUUCGAGCCUUGGAUUCAGAAAAGAAGAUUAGAAUUUGUGAAACAUAAAAAUUUAAUAUUAAGCAUUUUACAACAUGUACAAAAACAUGCCCUAGGAAAUAUCCUCACUGCCGAUGGGGCACCAAAUGUAAAUGCGAUAAAGAGGCUAUUUGAGGAGGUAGAUCAAGAUGGUGAUAAUAUUAUAUCACCUUCUGAUUUAAGAGAACUGCUUCUUGAAAUAAACUUUACUGGAACAUCUAUUGAUAAGGAGAAAGAAAUUGGAAAAGUGAUGAAAGAAUUUGACCUUGAUGGUGACCAAAAAAUCACUAUGGAUGAAUUCGUCACUGGCUUCACAAAAUGGCUCGAUGAGACAGAACAUGCUAUAGAUAAGCAAUAUUUCUCAAAAAAGUCCUUAAAGGACGUAUAUCAGGUUUUUGGACCUUGGCUUCUAAACAGAAGGAGAGAAAGAGAAAUGACAAAAGACCUUAUACAAGAAAUAUUAAGACAUGUUCAAAGCAAUGUUGUAGGAGGCCUUCUCAAAGAAGACGGCACACCGGAUACACAUAGUAUUAAAAGGUUGUUUGAGAAAAUGGAACACGACAGCAAUAAUUGCAUAUCGCAACAUGAACUAAAAGAACUAAUUGCGGAUAUCAAGUUUGGCAAGCUUCCUUUAGAUGUGGAGGAAGCAGUUCUUAAAUUGAUUGAAGAACUUGACACUGAUGGUGACCAUCUGAUUAAUGAAGAUGAAUUUGUUUCUGGAUUUGCUAAAUGGCUUGGCACAACUGACAAUCAGGAUCCUUCUACAACUGAGUCUCAAGAUGAUAUCUACCAAAAAACUUGGGAAGCGACGGACAAGUUGGUGGAUGAAAAGAUAGGCAAUGCAGUUGUUGACAACUCUUUACAGGCAUGGUUCAAGGCUAUGAUGCUAUUGGUGCUUGGCAUUGCUCUAUUAGCGAUUUUAGCGGAACCUCUGAUAGAGAGUGUUCAAAGUUUCUCUAAAUCUGCAAGUAUACCAUCUUUCUUCAUCUCAUUUAUUUUAGUCCCGUUGGCUACCAACACUAGAGCAUCAGCAUCAGCUAUAAAGGAAGCUAGACGUAAGAAGUCAAGAACUACUUCUUUGACAUUUUCUGAGAUUUAUGGUGGAGUAUUCAUGAACAACAUUCUUGGCUUUUCAGUUCUUUUAAUCCUAAUAUAUGUGCGUGAAUUGACUUGGGAAUUCUCUGCUGAAAUGCUGGUAGUUCUUCUUGUUUGCGCUACAAUGGGCCUUAUCGCGAGCUUUCGCUCUACCUUCCCCAUUUGGACAUCAUUCUUGGCGUACCUUCUAUAUCCAUUAUCUUUGCUCCUAGUUUAUUUUUUCAAUGAUGUUCUCAAUUAUACUUAAUUAAGGGACAAAUAUGCUUCUUCCUUUUUUGAAUUUUUUGGCCCAAGGUUUAAAACUUACCAAAUGCAUGAGAUUAAGAUUACAACGAGAAUCUCCCCCCACCCCCC